AUUGUCAAUCAAAGUCAAUCAAGAUGUCGGCUUGCAUUAAAUGGAUUUUGUAAUUUGCAUAAUUGGCAAUCGCCAUAAGAGCAGCAGCAACCAGAUGCAGCAGCUUCACAACAGCAGUGAUGGCCACAUCGGCCAAGUCGACGGAACCGUUGUCGGACGAUGUCCGUCUGCCCAAGGAGCAGCCACCGUCGGCGUUCUUUGAGUCGCAAACAUUUCGUCUGCUCUCGCUCUUCAUCUAUGUGGGCGGCAUCAGUGGCCUGGGCAUGGUUUUGGCCUUCUACUAUCUGAUCUUUUUCGAUUCACGCAUGCCGGACAUUCAUCUCAAGUUCCCCGUCUCAAUUGGCGGUCAUCCGGUGCAAAAGGUGCACGAGUACCAAUGAAGUGCAACCGAAUCAGUGAACCAG